GGCUCCCCCAGACGCCCGUCUCAGCCAGGCCAGCAGCAGCCUCAUUUGCCCCAUGGCCUUCGUGCUCCCUCUACUGACCGCCCUGGUGGUGUUCAGCUAUGGCCCUGGUGGAUCUCUGGGCUGCGACCUGUCUCAGAACCACGUGCGGAUUAGCAGGAAGAACUUCAUGCUUCUGGGCCAGAUGCGGAGAAUCUCCCCUCGCUUCUGUCUGAAGGACAGAAAAGACUUCGGUUUCCCCCAGGACAUGGUGGAUGGCAGCCAGCUCCCGAAGGCCCAGGCCACCUCUGUUCUCCACGAGAUGCUCCAGCAGGUCUUCCGCCUCUUCCACACAGAGCGCUCCCCUGCCGCCUGGGACACCUCCCUCCUGGACAAACUCCGCACUGGACUCCAUCAGCAGCUGGAGGACCUGGACGCCUGCUUGGUGCAGGCGAUGGGAGAUGAAGAAACUGCCCUGGGAGUGACGGGCCCUACACUGGCCGUGAAGAGGUACUUCCAGGGAAUCCACCUCUACCUGAAAGAGAAGAAAUACAGUGACUGUGCCUGGGAAAUUGUCAGAGUGGAAAUCAUGAGAUCCCUGUCUUCAUCAACCAACUUGCAAGAAAGGUUAAGAAUUAUGAAUGGAGACCUGGGAUCACCUUGAAAUGAUUCUCAUUGACUAAGAUGCCACAUCACCCUUGCACAUUCAUCUUUGGUCAUUUCAAAAGACUUAUUUCUGCUUUAGCCACAAAAUUUAUUGCAUUAAUUCAGCCAUUACUUGUCAGUAGUAAUAAGCAAGUAAUAAGCAAGUAUAUAUAAAAGUAUUCAGCUACAGGGUCAUCAGUCCCUAAGUGAUGACUGCCCUGAUGUUAUUUAUUUAUAUAUUGUUUAUUUAUCUAUUCCUUCUUGCAUCUCUCAUAUUUAUAAUAUUUAGAAAUUAUUUAUAAAAUUACAUUUCAUCUGUAAAUUGUAAUAAAAUUUUUAAAACAUGUUUUUCAUUUCAUGUUAUUAAGUUUGCACUUUGUUUUAUUUAUUAAACUCUUAACAAAGAAAAUUUGAGUUUGUUUACUCUAAAUUCAAACACUUAUUUGGUAAAUGAUAUUGAAGAAUGGAUGGUAACAUUUACUCUUCAUUCCAUUCAGAUUAUACAUAUAAAUUGAGUACCUAAAUGACAGAGUGUAAUUGCUAUCAAGAAAUACAAGCGAAUAAAGCACAUGCAGUUUUUACUGUGUUGAAACUCUCAGUCUUACAGGGAAGAGGACAUAAAACAGUAUUAUUGUUCAUUUUAUUUCAAGUAUAUUAAACACUGCAAAGAGAAGUAAAGGAAAAUAAUUUUCUCACACUGGAAGUUUUAGGUAC